UAGUAUAUAAUGACUUUUUAAUUAUUUAAUAUAUAUUUAUUAUUUCAUAAUAUGUUAUAAACAUAUAAUAUAUAAAAUAAUAUAUAUAUAUAUAUAUAUAUAUAUAAUGUUCAUCAAGGCGCGGGUCUUAACCUAGUUUAAUAUUAAAUCUGAUAGACAACACGAAUACUAACUGUACUAAAUUGAUAAUUAAUAAUUUAACGCCAAAAAGUUGGUCCGAAAUAGUUUUAACACAAAAGCAAAAUCACCAAUAUACUAUAAUCUUGCCUGAAACGGACAAAGAGAUAUUACUUAGAGAGGUGACCAUGUGGUUUUUCUUUAAUCAUAUCCGUCACUAAGUUCUAUAUAGCUUUAGCUUUUCACAACCUUUUAAUAUUGUAUCUUAAAGUCACAUAAUGAAUUAUUUUGACAGUAUUAAAGGGGUUCUGUCUUUUAUAAAUGGUAAAGGUAUGGGUCCAAAAAAAAAAUUCCCUCUUGUGUUAAAGAAUAAUUUAUAAAGAGAAUAUUCUCAUUUUUGUAGUUUUAAGAAAAAUGAAACUUCAGAAUUACUUAUUAAAGUUAACUUGGCUGACAGUUUACCUCUAUGUAUUCGGAUUUUACUAUUAAUGGACAUCUUUCAAAUUGAUAUUGUCGUUGAAGACGGUGUUAACUGGCAAAAACAUUAAACAUAUUAUACAAAAACAUUUAAAAAAAGUGUACACUUUUAUAACUGUUAUAUUGCUCUUGUUUUGGGAUAAAGCUGCCGCCAACUGAGAAAAAAAAAGUAUUUUCAGAACUGUUAAAUUUGUUAGUGGGUUACAAUGGUACAUGAUGAAUAUGUAAUCCUCAUUACGUUUUCACAUUGUUAGAUAUUUAUUUAAAAGAUGUAAUUGCAGAUCCUAUAUCAAUAAAACAUGAAAGUAAUCAGUUUUGUUAUGCAACCACAAAUAAAAAAAAUGUACCAAAAAAAUCAGAGAGAAAGAAGAACCGGACCGGUUUGUUUCCAAUGUUAAAGAGCGCGGGAACUUACGGCUAAGAAGACGCAAGAGAAAAAAAGAAGAAGAGAAGUGUGUGUUUGUUACUUCUUUACGGGGCUUGAUCAAUAAUGCAACAGGUAUGAUUCUUCCAAUGUAAUAAUAUACGCUCGAGUAGGCAGUGAUAGUAUUUCGUGUAAGCUUAUAUUUUUGAUUCAAUUUUUAAUUACCUGACGUAAGCUGAUCGGUACACUUUCUCAAAACCCGAUAAAAUUCGGUUUUGUUCGGUUCAGUUGUAAACCGAAAUUUGAAAUUACCUAGGUUAUGUUGAGGAACUGAAAAAGCAGCUCAAGAAAACAAAGAAUCCAGAAGAGGCUGAGGAACUCAAGAACAGGUUAACUUAUGUUGAGUCAGGAGAAGUGGUUGAAAUAUGAUCCAUCAACAAAUAACAAAGGAAAAUUAAUACUUACAGAACACAAAAGGAAAGAAAGAGAAGCCGCAAAGAUGGGGAAGAAGCCUUACUAUCUCAAAUAAUCUGAAAUCCGAAAGCAAGCACUCAUGGAAGAGUACAACAGUCUCAAGGAAUCUGGGAAGCUUUCAUCGUCUGACAAACGGAGGAAGAAGAAUGCAACAAAGGAUCACAGAUACAUGCCUUAUCGGUGAGACGAUGCCUCAGAUCAAUAAAAGAGAGAGAGUCAGAGAGAGUAUUGCUUUCAGGUUCAUGCCGAGAAUUGAGAUGAAGAUGAGCUAGCUAUAGGGAGAGCAAAAACGUUUUUAAUUGCUAUUGAGUAUACUAUUUACAUGAUCUGUACAACAUAGUGAGAAUUUUAAGGUAAUCAGAUCAAAUCCAACUA